UAUGUGUUUAAUGAUAGUGAACUUGAUAGUGAUUCCAAUAUUUCUGGUACAUCUACUAUCGAUGUUAUGGAAGUUACACCAUCAUAUUCAUUUUGUAAAGAUGCAGUAGCUCCAUUGUUUUAUGAUGAAGAAUAUGAAUUUGAUGGUAAUUCUAAUGUUCCUAGUCCAUCUAUUGUUGAUGUUAUGGAAACAUUCAUAGAUGUAACUACACCAACAAAGAUGAGUAAUAAUUUUGAUAUUUCUGGACCAUUAAACACUGAUGUUAUGGAAACUUCCAAUUUGGAUAUUCAAGUACCAAUAACUCCAAAAAUAAUGAUGAAUACUACAAAAAAAUUCACGGAAAGAAAAUCGGUAUUUGGUGAUUUUAAAGCUGAUGAUUUGAAUACUCCAAGAAAACGCAAACGAUAUAGGGAUAUAUCACAACAAACAGUAUCCAAUUACAAAUGUAGAGUGAAAUUGUUGUAUAAUAAGAAUAUGUGGUUGAACAAUAAAGUUAAACAUUUAUGCCAAUUGAUCGAUCAUCUCAAAGAAGAGAGCAAAAUUUCAGAUAACUGCUUCUGUGUCCUCAAGGUAAGUGACAAAAGUAAAAUAAAUCAGAAAUGACGACAUAUAUAGUGAUUGUUUAAAAAUGUUCACCAAUUUUUUUCCUUUUGAUGAAAUUUCCAUAUAGCAAAAUGAUUUUUGA